AUGUUCCACCAGUUGCUCACAUUGGUUGGGAUUUCCCAGGAUCACGGGUUCCCAGUGGCUUUCGCCUUGAUGACGAGGCGAACCAGGGAUAUAUAUAGGAUCACCCUGAGACGGAUUCGCCAAGAACUACCUCGAGAAUGCCUCUGUCGUAGGCUGAAAGCUAUGCAGCCGGGGCUCCAUGGAUUGAUUGUGGGACCAGAAGCCAGGAACCCACCAGGGUCUCUGGUUCGUUGUGCUAUGGCUCUUCCUGCAAACCUUGUUCUUCAAGGGGCUGAGGACCAAGCAAAUCGGGCGACCUCGUAUGCAAACCCAGGGAUUAAUUGGUCGACAGUGUACGAAUAUCUUUGCCGCUGCCGACAUACCCUAGAUGGAAUUCCAGUUCUUGUCGCAGGUGCAGCGCAAGUUCCAGAGGGACUUCUGCUUCCUCCUGAAGCAGUUGGAGAACAAGUCCCUGCUCUCGUCGCUACCGUUGCUGCUCCCAGAGGGCCACAAGAGCUACCUCAAUUAGAACAAGCUGCUGCUGCUGCUGUUCAAGGAGGCCUUUUGCAGGACCACAAGAGCUACCUCUGCCUGAAGCAGAAGAAGCUGCUGGUGUUGCUGCUGCUCCUCCUCCUCCAGUUCCAAGUGGAUAACAAUUAUGACAUCGCCAACCACCAGGACUUUCAACACGUGACUGCCCAUCAAACGCUGCAGUGUGUUAAUCAUGACACGGAUCCCCCUACGCACACCAUCAUCGUGGAGGGAAUGUGGCGUCACGCCAUGUCAAAGCUACCUGAGUACAACCGGAAAAAGGAAUCUUUUGUGCGAGACCUGGUCUACCAUCAUGCAUCAUCGCCGCUUCAAACCAACUACGAGAAGUGCAUCCCCGAAAUGAACCGUUUCCUUGUUGAUCACAAGAUCAACUCAGUGGGAUGCGAGGCACGAAUGGAAGUGACUUGGACUAAACUCGAGCUGUCAUCAACCAUCUACUUUGAAAGGAGCUCAGCUAUGACCUAUCUAUAUGGAACAUUGUUCGCCCCUUCACCAAUUGGACAGAAGCUACUUGUGCGCACCAAGCAGCAGGGAGGCUCCCCUGGAAUCGAGGAACUCCUUGCAGCAAUGCUGGCCGCAGUUUAUACGGAAGAUAUAGCAACAUUUUCAUGGGUAGGGGAAUUGAAGACUAGGCUUGGGAUUGAGGAGGUAAGCCUCUUCCAAAUGAAGAAAACUUCACUUGAAGUCCUCAAUGGCCUAUUCUUCGAGACUGAGGCAGACGACACAGUAGCAAAGCUUGAGAAGGAAGGUCACCUCAUUAUAGACCCCUCUCAGUACUGGGUUGAAUCUUCUAAGGUGGACCUAUGA